AUGCGCUUCUUCGCCGCCGUCUCUGCCGCCACCGCCGUCUUCGGCGUCACUGCUCUCGCCGCCGAGACUGUCCAGCUCAAGGACUUCACCGUCCGCGUCACCGGCAACGACCCCGCCGCUGCCUCCUUCAAGGUGCAGCCCGACAACGUCUCCUGCUCGGCCACCUCGGUUGAGGAGCUGUCCGCCGACACGGCCGUCGUCUGCGGCGAGUCGGCCUACCGCUUCGAGCUCAAGAACGGCAGCAACGGCUUCUGGGCCCUGACUGUCCACAAGCAGACCGCUCCUGGCGCCGGUGUCUCUGGCACCAAGGAGGUCCAGCCCACCAGCUGCCACGCUGGCGGCAACGGCCCCGACGACAACGUCUGCGACCUCGCUGACACCGACAUCACCCUUAACUAG